AUGAAUCGGUUUCCGAAUCUUUUUCGUAUUGAGGCUGAAAAAACAUGCUCGAUUGCUUCUCGGUAUAACAGUCCGCUGCAGUCGUUUUCGGGGUGCUGGAGGUGGUCUCGGAACUUGAUCUCGGAUGUUGAAAGGAGUGAGUGGUCUGAUUUCUUGUCUCUUUUGAAUCCGCUGAAGCUUUCGUGCAGUGAGGAUAAGUGGUGUUGGAUAGGAGGUAGUGCUUCUAUGUUCUCGGUUGCUGCUGUUAAAUGUUUUCUGAGAAGCAAUGUUGAUUUUAGCAGUAAUUACGUGUUCAAAUGGUCCAAGUGGGUGCCGAAGAAAGUCAACAUUUUGGCUUGGCGGGCUCAAAUGGGUCGGAUUGCUACGGUCGAUGCGCUGGCCAGACGCAACUGUUUCAAUGGUGACGAGAGCUGUGUUUUGUGUGGUGAUGGUCAGGAAACAGCGGAUCAUCUUUUCCGAUCUUGUGCGGUGGCUUCGGAGGUCUGGUUUCUUGUUAGCCGGUGGUGUAAAAUUAGCCCAAUUUUCGCCUUUUCGUUAGAAGAUUUGCUGGAAGUUCAUGAUUUCUCAGGUUUGGGCGGUAAAGCGAAAGAUAUUUUAAAGGGUAUUGUCAUGGUCGGUUGGUGGUGUAUUUGGAAAGCGAGGAACGAUAGAAGAUUUUCUAAUAAGUAUAGUUCGGCCGCUAGUAUAGUUCAAGAUAUUAAGGCGCUUGGGUACUUGUGGUAUAGCAAUAGAUCUAAGGAUAGGGAGGUCUCUUGGGAGAAUUGGUUCUCUUUUUCUUUUAUGUAA